GGGGCAUUGGCUCCCUAUAUAGCUGUAGACCCCUUCCAAACUAUCUAUUUAUAGCUUAAACACUUGAAAAGAAUCCACCUAAACUAUUAUUUCUGUUGGAUUUGAGUAUUUUUAAAUCAUGGACUCCAUGAUCUAUUAUUAGUCUUAAGAUGUUUUGAUCUAUACUGCCCGAACUUGUCUUCAUACUUGCAUUAUCUCUUUUUCUAAAAUUUUGCAGGAAUAUGAAAAUGGGGAAAAAGAGCGCCCUUUUAUUGAUGUCUACGAAGAUACGCAUAGGAAGAAAAACAAGGACGGUAUAAGAGGAGAUUGGGUCGAACCGCGUGCUAUGAAUGCAUAUGAAGAAUUUCAAAAACGCAUAGAAGAGUGUCAUCAAACCCAACCUUCUUCAGAAGAUGGUACCAUGGUCCAACCAUCACUUGAAGAGCUGAAUAAUAUUUGGGCAACUGUGGUAGGUGGUUCAAAGAAAGGUAGAACCUACGGGACAGGGGUUGUCCAAUCCUUGAGUAGUCCUUCGUUGUUUUCCAGUUCCUCUUCUACUUUACAAACUAUGGAAGAAAUGAAAGCUAUGAAAAAGCAAAUUGUGGAAUUGACGCAGAAAUGUGCAACUAACGAUGCUAAGUUUGCUAAAUUUGAUAAAUUGGAGGAGUUGGUUUAGAAGCACAUGCCGCAAGUAUUUCAGGACGAGGAAGAUACUGAAUAUGAUGAUAAUUAGAUUGUAGUUAUUGUUCUUGUUUUUUAUUGUGACAUUUAGAUGUUUAAACUAUUUGAUUUGAUAUUUGUUUUGAAUGGUUUAAAGUGGUUGUAUUUAUAAAAUUUUUUCAUGUUUGAUCCAAUUGUGAAAAAUACAUUAAUUAUGUUGCU